AUGAUAACGUGUAAUCGCCUCAAUUUACAUCUAUUACGAAAAGUAUCAAUUAAAGGUAUACCCGCACAAUCCUUGCUGACCGCCAACGGCAACAAUGUUCGCCAAAAUCAGUCAAAACUUUUAACGACAAUUACAUUUGCUUCGACGACGGCAACAACAACACCGAUCCACAGAAAUCAACUGAGUUAUCAGGGAAGUCAUGAAUGUCAGCAGCGACGUAAGUUCCACACAACAAAUUAUUUGAAGGCAAAAGACUAUUACCAAACAUUGGGAGUGGCCAAGAAUGCUUCGGCCAAGGAAAUUAAAAAGGCCUAUUAUCAACUGGCAAAGAAAUACCAUCCCGAUACAAAUAAAGAAGAUCCCGAUGCUAGCCGUAAGUUUCAAGAAGUUUCCGAGGCCUAUGAAGUUUUGAGUGAUGAUACAAAACGUCGUGAAUAUGAUACCUAUGGUCAGACCACGGAAAACAUGAACCGCCAGGGUGGAGGCUUUGGUGGCCACGGGCCUCAAGGUUUUUCACAGAACUGGCAAUUCAGAUCAACAAUUGAUCCUGAAGAAUUGUUCCGCAAAAUUUUCGGUGAUGGCAACUUCCGUUCAAAUGCCUUUGACGACUUUGCCGAGUCUCAAUAUGGAUUUGGACGUUCCCAGGAGGUGGUAAUGGAUUUAUCAUUUGCCCAAGCUGCUCGUGGUGUCAACAAAGACAUCAACGUCAAUGUGGUUGAUACUUGCCCCAAGUGUAGUGGUAGCAAAUGUGAACCGGGUACAAAACCUGGACGUUGCCAAUAUUGUAAUGGCACCGGUAUGGAAACUAUUUCCACCGGCCCAUUUGUUAUGCGUUCCACUUGCCGCUACUGUCAAGGUACCCGUCAAUACAUUAAAUAUCCCUGUGCUGAGUGUGAAGGUAAAGGUCAAACGGUGCAAAGAAAAAAGGUGACAGUUCCUGUACCCGCUGGUAUUGAAAAUGGACAAACCGUACGCAUGCAAGUGGGCAAGAGGGAAUUGUUCAUUACGUUCCGUGUCGAACCGAGUAAAUACUUUAGACGUGAUGGUGCUGAUGUGCACACCGAUGCUGUUAUCUCAUUGUCCCAGGCGGUUUUGGGUGGAACAAUACGUGUGGAGGGUGUCUACGAGGAUCAGUGGCUGAAUAUUGAACCCGGCACCUCAUCACAUCAUAAAAUCUUCCUUAAAGGAAAGGGUCUUAAGCGUGUCAAUGCCCAUGGGCAUGGUGAUCAUUACAUAAAUAUUAAAAUAGAAAUUCCAAAACAUUUAACCAAAGAACAAAAAGAACUAAUGCAAAAAUAUGCUGAAUUGGAGACGAAUACACCGGGAUCGGUGCAUGGUAUUACGAAACGAACGGAUGGCAGCAAGAAAGCAACGUAAAGUAUAA